GACCCCUAGCUGGUAUGGAAAUACAGAUUAUGUUAAAUUAUCCCUCCUUGCGAAAACUAAAUAAAAUGUAUCACUUCUUACCUUUAUCCUAUUGACACCUGUUCAGUAUAUCAUCUUUCAUCACUCAUUGUCACAAUGUCGGGUAAAACGUCUCAGAGUUUUAAUGGGACAACCGAAAACUUACGCGGUAACGAGAUAGUGACGGUCAAGUUCCUCACGGAUGCUAACGAAACUCUCACGCAAGCGUUCAACCUAAAUACCGACAUCGGUGCGCUCAAGUCGCACCUGCACCGGACGCUGAAUACGGACCAGAAUUUAAUCAUCAUUGAACGCGAAGAAGUGGGGGGAGAAGUAUCGCAUAGGCCUAGCGACGAGCAGACGCUCAAAGAGCUCGGGGCGACGUCGUUGGGCAUUUUCGAACUGCACUUGAGGGGCGAUGGCGUACGACUUCCCAAGCCACCCGCGUACUAUUUGCCAGCGGUGGACGUCAUCACAGUGGAUGUGAACCGCAAGCAAUUAGUAGUGGAAAUCGAACGGUGUGGUCCCGUGGACGGCCAUAAGCGGUGGCUGGGCGGGUACCGGGACAAGCGUACCGGCAAGACAUACCAUCAUGCGACCUCGCAGACCGAUCCUAAGGCUUUCAUUAGCGCCCCGUGCGUCGUCCACCGCACGGACGGCCGGACGCAGACCUGCAUCGACAAGGCGGUGGGCCGGCCGACGAGUCGAUCUACGUGGACCCAGACCAAUCGAGGCGACUAUUGCAGCGGCAAUGUCGAGUACACAGAUGGGAGGUGGGUGAAGCCAAGGCGUUAUCAAAGUUAUCAAUCGUGGUUACAGGAAGAUCGCGUCCUAAGCAGCGUACUCAAGAUACAGCGGGCGUUCAGAAGGAUUUUGGCGGCGCGCGAGAGACGACGUGUAGCGGCCGCAGCCGAAGCGGAUAAAGACGAAGAACAGCGGCGACUGUUGCGACAGAGGCAGUCUCGCAGCAUGACGUCCGGACCUGACAGCGGUAUUGCGGUGACAACAUCGACUUUGGAAUCUAAGCAGCAGCAUUUCUACUCACUGUACACGAUGAUCGGAAAGUGGUGGAAGAAGGAGCGGCAGCGGAUCAAAGAGAUCGAGGCGGAAAAGUCGAGGAAGGCGGCACAGAUGAACUUACUCAAAAAGGAAAUCAAAUUCCUGUUAGAGAUGGAGAAACAGCGGUCGGAUCUCAAGUACGAGCUGACCAAGCACGACGACGUGACGUUCCUGAACAAGACGUCAAAGCCGAAGAUGUUCAAAAACAGAGCGGGCAAGUUGCUGACUGUGGACACGGUGGGUAACCAGAAGGCCCGGGCGCUGAAAGAGCUGUACGCGAAAAUCGUGAUCCCGCGCGAAGGCGUGGACCGAGCCGAAGCGCUCGACGAGCUGCACGCCGCGGUGUCCGAAUCGUGUUACAAGUACAAGGAGCACUUGCUGGCCGCCGUGGCCGUGGAAAAGGGCCUGGUCAACAUGGGCGCGGACGCGGCCAGCCUGCGGUCAGCGCGGUCCCGGGUCGAACAGAUGUUUCGUCACUACAUCCGGCAGCCGGACGUGAACCCGGAAGCCGACUCGUACUACCGGCCCACCGAGAAGCGGUUGCUCAACGUGUACACGUGCAUCCGGUGCAAACGCAACCUGGCGGCCACCGAUUUUUCGCUGGAGAGCCGGGUGAACCGGACCAACGUGUGUGCCAGCUGCGAAUGGACGGAGCAGGUGGGACACAAGCGCAUCGACAUGGCCCCGUACCGGCGUAUGCUGAAGGCGCUCCGGCACGACGAGAUGCAGAUGGCCGCGUACGGGUCCGAAUGUUUCCUGAUGCAGCCCACCGAGGUGUACCGACUGGUGUCCAUCGUGUGGCGCGAGAAGUCGGCCGUGAGCGAAUCGGGUCAGCUCAACAGCCUCCGACUAGUUCGGUGGCGCCGUCACGAGCCCUGGUCGCCGUGGAACUGCGUACUGCUGACCAGGUCCGAGGCGGAAGUGCACUGCCGGUUGGACGGCGACCCUGCCGACUGUUACGACGAGCAGUUUGUCCGGUCAGUUACCAACAAACACCUGAUGGCCCGACUGCAGUUCAGCAACCUGGUGCAGGCAGUGGACCAUCGGACCGCCGACAGGGCGAAACCGCUGUCGAAACAUUGGAAAACCGUCGCCGAUCGUUUUAACAUCAAGACGAGUAAAUAAACAUAAAACAUGUCAUUGGCACCAACUUCUCAGGAUGAGCGCGCGCCGAUGGGGUCAAAUAUUGUAACAUUUAUCGUUUACGAAUUAUCGAAAUUUUUGAAAUUUUAACUAUACAAACAUUACAAACUCGCGAGUCACAAUGGAUGUCGGACCAAACGUUUCAUUCGAGAACACUGUUAUACGUAUAGGAUAAGGUACACCUAUUUGGCUGAUCGUUAUUAGAUAGGUAUACAUAGUAUGCAUGAAUAAUAGGCUUUAAUUAAAAUACAAUUUACAUAAAAUUAUUUCUGUUUGAUUAGUCGACGAGACGUGAGACUUCUAGGCCGAUCGGGUUUAAGAUGACGUGAUGGUGGACUUAUGGGGAUCAGGGUUAUCGGUUUGUGUUGUUGAAUGUAAUGGCAGUGGACACGCACUGAACUGCAGUAGAUUAGUGUUUGAAUUUGAGUUGUGAUAUGGAGGAGAGGUGGAGAGGUGGUUACUAAUGCAAGUAGUGCAAAUAUAUAAUUAAAAUAA